AUGGACAUUGAGUGUAACGACUCUUCUUAUGAAUACAUUGGUGUUGUAUUGAGAUGCUGGUUUGUUGUAGGCGUGGUGAGCUCCAUCAGAGUGAGAGGAUAUUCAGGAGGAGGAGUCAACAUCACAUGCAGAUAUGAUAGAAAAUAUACAGACAAUGCAAAGUAUUUUUGUAGAGGACAGUGGAAAACAACGUGCUCUGACCUCAUCAGGACUGAUAUGAAAAAUGAGAACAAAUGGGUUGAUUCUGGAAGAUUUUCUCUGUUUGAUGACACAAGAGCAGCACUUUUCACUGUGACCUUCAGAGAUCUGAGUGAACAGGAUUCUGGGAUGUACUGGUGUGGAGCUGAUAUCUCUUGGGGUAAAGAAUCCUACACUGAAGUGAAUCUGAAGGUUGUAACAGGUGAACAAAUCAGUGCUGUGACGGGAUAUUCAGGAGGAAACAUCAUUAUAAACAACAAAUAUGAGAUGUUAGAAGAGAAUUCUUUGAUAGAGAUUUGUGAAGCUGGAUCAUAUCAAUGUUUUACUCGAAUAAAGACUGACAGAGCAGCAGAAUGGACACAUGUCGGCCGAUUCUCCGUUCAUGAUGACAGAUCUGCACGUCUCUUACGUGUGUUUAUCAGGGAGCUGAAUGAGAACAAUUCUGGAGAAUAUAAGAUUAUAGUCAAAGUUUCUGAAGACUACAGUUUCUUCUCUGAGUUUAAGCUGGACGUUAAGAAGGCUGAUUGUUGUGAGAAGAGCAUCAGUCUCUCAGCUGCUGCAGGAGGAUCUGUGAACAUCAGCUGCAGAUACCCACAAUCCCACAGUGCUGAUGUGAAGUUUGUCUGCAGGAGAUCUGGAUCUGAUCUCUGUGCUGAAGAGACGUCUGUGAAGGAGAGCAGAAGAUGGAGCGCUGAGGGACAGAUGCAGCUGUAUGAUGACAGAGAGCAGCAGCUCCUGACGGGAAUCAUCAGUCAUGUGACUCAACAACAUUCAGCUGAAUACUGGUGUGGAGUUCAGUCUGAUCAAGGACACAAGAGCUUCAUCACACGAGUCCUCAUCGGAGUUACAGAUGUUUCAGAAACAUCAUCACCUUCAUCCUCAUCCUCAUCAGCUGAAUCUCCACUGCAGAGAAUGUGUGUCAGAAACUGAUUGAUUUUACAGGAGCUUGAGAUGUUCAGUAUUCAGCAUCUGAAACAAACACUGAGCACCAAAUGAGCCUCGUUCUGUGAACAGAUCAUAUUUAGCAACAUGGACAUUGAGUGUAAUGACUCUGUAAAGUCUGAUUGGUUCUUCUGAUGUGUAAACAUUUUGUUGUUGAUGUCUUGCUUUCCACAGUUUAUCACUUGUGUGUUUAAAGCUUUAGUCAUGAAGGGUUUUUUCUUUUCUUUUUUUUCUGUAAAGCUGUUUUGAAACAUCACUGAAUGUGAAAUGCAUAUAAAAAUUAACAGCUCUUACUUGACUUACAUUGAUUUCUGUCUCUUUGGACUGGAGCAUCUAGAUUCAAUCUGAAGUAAAACUCUUAAUAAAAAAAUAAAUAAUAUAAAAAAAAAGUUAAGUGUGUAUUUAAGGCCGGGCAUGCACUACUUUAUUAAUUU